AUGGCCUACUCCACUCCCUCGCCACCGACCUUCCCCCAGAAGGCAUACAAGGGCUCCAUCAACGACAACCAUUUCACGGCCUCGACAAGCAACCUCGCAAGUAGCGUUGUAGCAAACACUCUUCGCACACGUAACAAGACCGAUCAAUACGUGGCCAUCCCAUGCAGCGAGUGCCACCAACUGGGCCGCGUCAAGGCCCAGCCGUCCGACAUCAUUGCACUCUACGGCCACGUCCGCCAGCUCGGCGCCGAGUGA